AACCAGCAGAAGAAGAAGCAGUAUCUGCGCGAGCCGAGGCCGUGGUUCGUCAGCAUGGCGGCGCGCGGUGUCGCUCUGCUUUUCCUCUGUGUUCUCUCUCUCCAUCUCACUGCAGCUCAGAACGGAAGCGGUAAAAAGAUGAAGAUGCAGUAUACUGCUGGACCUCUGCUCAAGUUCCAGAUUUGCAUCUCCUGAGGGUACAGGCGGGUGUUUGAGGAGUACACUCGGGUUCUGAACCAGAGGUAUCCAGACAUCCGUAUAGAGGGGGAGAACUACCUCCCUCAACCUCUCUACAGACACAUGGCCUCCUUCCUCUCCAUGCUAAAGUUCGCUAUAAUCGUUCUCAUUAUUCUGGGGAAAGAUCCGUUUGCCCUCUUCGGAAUGCAGAGUCCUGGAAUCUGGACCUGGGGUCAGGAGAACAAGGUGUAUGCCUGUAUGAUGGUGUUCUUCUUCACCAACAUGAUGGAGAACCAAUGUUUAUCUACAGGAGCCUUUGAGAUUUCACUUAAUGAUGUCCCUGUCUGGUCGAAGCUGGAAUCAGGUCAUCUUCCUUCCAUGCAGCAACUUCUGCAGAUCCUGGAGAAUGAGAUGAAGCUGAACGCUCACAUGGAUACACUUCCUCUACAGCGCUCAUAAUAACACACUCACUGUGUCCGAGCUCCGCCCACUCCUGUGUAUAUGUUUGGUCCUCAGCUCAGUGAAGUGGCUGUAAUGAAGGUCUGCACUGAAAGCGGUGUGUCUGCCGGUGUGGUCCGGAUGUCCUGGUCGUUUCUCCUGGUGCUGUGAGACUGUGAUGUACUCUCCGGGUGGAGACUCUUCUCCGGUUUAUUUGGAAUUCUGGGAAAUUUUAUUAGAAAAGUGCCUGCACUGACCGUGUGUGUGGUUUGUCAUCUGACGAGGUUUAUGUUAGAUUAUGAUUAGCUCUGAGGACCAAACCCAGGUUUACAGAGAUGUUUAUUACAUAUGCAUCAUUUCUGCUGUUGGAUCUGAUGAAGAACAAAUCAGCUGAACAUUAUUCUGAGUUCAUCUCAAACAUUUAUAUUCACAGCCCUUCUUACUGUGUGAUCUGUACAUCAUCGACUUUAAAGAUUCACUUCAGUUAAUAUAUUAAGAUUUGUUCUAAUUCUCAAUGUUUGUUUUAUAUAUAUUCUGUUUAAAUAAAAUCUAGUUUCAUUCCAAAUAUAACAUUUGUGCUUCAUAAUUAAAAAGAGUUUAGUGACAAAUCCCAGUUAAUUUUAUUGCUGUGUGCUAAUGGUGCUUCUGACACCAUCGCCUGCAGCUGACCGUUACACUGGACUGCUGGGGUCGCCCUGCAUGAAUCCAGUGUAGAAGAUGUGUGUGAUGUGACCUGGGUACGACAUCCUGCAGGCGAUGUCGCUAGGCAGCGGGGCAUCGAGUCGGUUCAGGAAAGGUGUUAGUUGAGGUCACGGUGCUGCUCUAGCUGGUGAUGGAACGUCUCGGCCUGAUCGGCGUGAUGCCAUUCUGAGGCUCAUGCUGUUCUGCGGGUCACUGAGAAACAUCUGAAUACAUACAGAGGUGAACGGCUGAAGGAACCCAGCAGCAGCUGAUCAGAGAACCGCUGUAGAAGUGCUAGCUGGUGCUGAUAGAUACCAUGUCCAUCAAGAACAUCUGAUCCUUCAUGGUUUCAGCUGGGGAGGGACAUCUGUCCAAGAUCAUGGCAUUAUAUACACUAAGAACCGGGUAUAUCUCAAGCAGGUUCACAGACAGGACGUAUGUAGAAUUAGCAUACACACACACACACACACACACGAAGAGUAAAAAGUGUGAGCACUGCCAGGUGGAUGUCUGUGUUGUGUCUCCAGAAUAAUUUACUAUAUUAUGAAGCGUGUAUAAAAGCUGAAGAUCAGCAGUGUUACAGUUGCCUGACAUGAGCAGGACGAAGAUGACCGUCAUGUCCUCAAAAUAUACAGAGUAGUGGUUAGUCUUAUAACGUCCAUUCCACGCUGCACUAAUCACCACUCUGAAACCCAUUCCAAUAUACAGAAGAUUAAAUAUGUUUAUACUGAGCAUCUAUUUUAACAAUCUAAAAGAUACCUUUAAAAAUACAUAUAUUUUUCUCUUCUAAUUGUGACUUUCCCAUGACCAGAACAGAUCAGACCCCGGAGCGUCCGAUCUCAGCCUUCAGUGUGAUCAGAAAAGAAAAGCAUGCGCCGGUGUCUACAGCUUCAGCUCUCAGGACCCAGCGGUGUGAAGAUGCAGGAAAUCAGAACGUUUCACAGAAAUCUGAUUUUUUUUAUUUAUCUUCCAGUGAAAAACUCAGGAGAACUUUUUCAGAUCUUCCAGAUUCACAGCGUGGGUUUAAGAGGUCGAGGCAGACAGCAGCACAGCUUCUUUUUUCCAAUCACUACAUUUUAGUCAUUAUUUAAUCACUAAAAGAAACCAGACUGGACACCAGAGACAUUCCGUUGCAGAGUUUUGCUGUUUUUAUUGAGUUUUGUUGUUAAUCAGGAAAAUUGCGUACAGCCUUAAAGAAAUCAGAACAGGUUUAUUGAUUAAGCAGCAGGUCAACCACGAAACCCGCCAACCAAGCAACAGACACCAGAAACGAAAGAGCUUUUUGAGAUUUGUGGUUUGUGGUUGUUUCUGGAGUCUGUGGCUUUAUUGGCAGGUCCGUUUAGACCUGGCGCUGUCCACCGCAGUCCCUCUGACCCUAUGUGCAGACGAUCUGGGACGGAUCCACACGAUGCCUCACAAAGGGAGGAAGGACUGCGUACCAUUAUCCCUUGGCAGAUAUGGUUUUACUCCUCCUCUUCCUCCUCAAGAGAU